GAACGCGCGUAGACGUGCACGAGAACUGCUGUUCAGCUCGAAACGGGAAUUUGCAGCGCUUCGGCGAUUCCGUGAUUCACAUCAAUGUGACGAGAAGAACGUCUUUUACAUAAACUUCAGACAUAUGCGUAAAGAGGGUGAGAUUUGCAUAAAAGAUGCUGAGAACAAACAUGCAUAAAUGGGAUCACACAAAUAGCUAUUAAUAUAAUAAAUCCCACCCUGCAGUGAAUCUUUAUGAAUGCACCUUAAAUGUUGUCAAGUUGUUUUCAGCAGCAGAUUUAAAGCCCGCUCCCUUGAGAAGAGCAUGCACAACUUAAAUUUAGUUCAAACACGUGACACGCUUUAUCUCUACCACCAUAUAUUGGCUUGCAUGGUGUGUUUCUGGUCAAAUAUGAGCAAGCUGUAACACACAAACAAGAGAAAUGGAUCAGCUCAUUUAAACAGAUUGGCAAGUGUGCUUUCCUAUACAAGUGGAUAGUUCUAAAAGUGUUCCAAUCCUGACCCUGACGGCGUGGACGCAGAGGAUGCUGGGAUGCAAGGGAUCAUCUGGAAUGGGGAUGAGGUAUAAGUUGACUCUGGCUACAGGACUGCUGGAGUGCUUGUGUUUCGCUGGAGUUGUGUUUGGCUGGGCGUCUCUCGUGUUUGUCCUGAAGACAGAUGGCUACUUCAGCGAUCUAUGCAUCAAUGUGACAGAUGCUAGAGGAGAACUUGGCUCAGAUUGCAGUCUGCAAGAUGAGAAUUUCUCAUCGGUCUUUACCGUGGCCUCGUUCAUGAACAACUUUCUCACUCUGCCCAACGGAUUUGUCUACGACCACUUUGGCACGAUGGCAACGCGGUUUUUGGCUAUAUUUCUUUAUACCACCGGCACUUUAAUUGUGGCGUUCUCCAAUAAAGUUCUCUCUUUUUUGCUUUUUCCUGCUCUGUCCUUCAUAGCUGUAGGGGGGAUUUUAUUUCUAAUGACAAAUAUGCAGGUGGGGAACCUUUUUGUCACUCAUAGAUCAACCAUUAUCACAGUCUAUAAUGGGGCCUUUGACUCUUCAUCAGUUAUCUUUCUGAUCAUUAAGGUGCUUUAUGAGAAAGGGGUCUCUCUUCGCUCUUCAUUCCUCUUCCUCUCGACCUGUAAUCUUAUUCAUCUUCUCCGGACUCUCUUCCUUAUGCCAACAUCACACAUUCCCUAUCCCAUCCCAGAGAACUACAAAUAUGGGAUGAGCUGUGCUAAAUCAAAUAGCUACAACGUUGAGGAGUACGAGGCAAAGCAGGACCCGAAUUCAGACAGAGGAAGAGGUGCAGAUGAUGAGCCACUGGAGAGCGACUCACUACAGCAAACACACAACUCUGAGAAAGACAGUUUUAGGAGCUGUGUUCUGUCCUGGUUCUUCCUGUGGCACCUCAUAUGGCUGUCAGUAAUGCAGCUUCGCCAUUAUUUCUUCAUCGGAACUCUGAAUCCAAUGCUGAACAGACUGGCCAACCAAGACCCAGUCAUUGUGAGUGAGUACACCAAUGCGUUUGCUUUCACCCAGCUCUGUGGAGUUCUCUGUGCUCCCUGGAAUGGCCUGCUUAUGGACAGACACAAAAGAAAACCCCUUGGUCCAGGUCAGCUGACAGAGAAAUCUAAAGAUCUGACUUCUAAUAACGUACCUUUACACAAGAUCCAUUUCUCACUCCCUCAUCUUUUUGCAGGCGUGUCAGAACGAGAAGCAGACCUGCACUCGUCCGUUCUGUCUCUCCUCCUCACCUCUCUGCAGUGCCUCUUGUUCUCCAUCAGUGCAAGCAUUCCGUUCCUCCCUCUCCAGUACGUCACAUUCAUCCUUCAGGUCCUUAACCGCUCUUUUAUCUAUGGAGGGAACGCUGCAUUCAUCAGCAUAGCGUUUCCGGCCCGCCAUUUUGGAAAGCUGUAUGGGCUAGUGAUGUCCCUAUCAGCUGUGGUGUCAUUGCUGCAGUAUCCCUGCUUCGCCCUCAACAAAGUUCUUGGAGGAGACCCCUUCUAUGUGAACAUCAUCUUGACUGUCCUGACUCUACUGGCCUUCAUUCAUCCAGUCUGUGUGUUUCUUCACUGCAGAGAACUGGCAAAACACAGAGAGAAUUCACAGAGCAUUUUAGAAGUCUCUAUACACGACAUAUCAAUGUAUUAAUUUAAAAUAGGUCAAAUACUUGAUUAUGCAGAUCGGUCUUGGCCUUAGCUUUUGUAAAUGACAAAGGGAAUAGUAAAAUCAGAAAUAAGAGUUAACAGUCAGAGGUUUAAACGAAUUCCAUUUAAUUGAAUUAGUUAUUGAAUAUUUACAAUAUUUAUGAAUACAGAAAUAACAAUAAAAAUAUUAAAAUAUGUUUUUUUUUAUAGUUCAGUGCUGUUUGCAAGAACAGUUAGAAAGAACAACAUUGGUUUAAACGUUUGCAAAGGGAGAUCACAUGGGUGUCAGAAACAGGUUCUUACAAGGGAUCUCCAUGGCAAUUGUGUUCAGUAAUUCCAGACUCUUCCGUAGUUGUACGAUAACCAGUUUUGCAUGCUAAUGUCCUGUGGUUCCCACAUGGAAAGCAUAACAAAGCCCUAAAAGCAUCAUACAGGAACUCUAGACCCACAAACACACAUAAUACUGAUUUAUAUCUGCCUUUGCAUUGUCAAUCCACAAUGACCAUGUACAUCUUGUAUACAAAUGUCAGUAGUUAAAAUAAAUUUUUUAUAGCAUACUUUUGUAGAUAAUGUGUGCUAUACAGACUGUGGUCCCCUUACAAUUCUGAAACUUGAAUAAAUUAGUUAAGUUGUUGUGUUCUUUGGACUAGGUCAUGGUUAGUUGGUCAGAACAUAGUUUUCCUCUUUGUCAUAAAAUCAAGCCCAUGUGUGAAAUAAAGGUCUCUGUAUGGAAA